AUGGAUAUCGACUCCCUGUUCGAUGUCAAGGGCAAAGUCGUACUCGUGACGGGCGGCGCGAAAGGCAUAGGCCGGAUGAUCUCCGAAGCCUUCGUGCGCAACGGGGCGCGGGUGUACAUCUCGUCGCGCGACGCAACAGCGUGCGCACAAGCAGCCGCCGAACUCAACACCCUCCUCGCCGGCACCACCACCACCACCACUGGAGGCUCAGCAGUAGCUCUCCCAGCAUGCUUAAGCCUGGAAGCCGAGUGCGUGCGCGUAGCCGCCGAGCUGAGGGCGCACGGCGAAAUACAGCUGCAUACGAAGCUGCUGACGCUCAACGUGCAGCAGGUGUUCACGCUGACGCAGGCGGUGACGCCGCUGCUGGAGGCCGCUUCCCUGCCAUCAAACCCGGCACGCGUGAUCCACAUUGGCAGCAUCGACGGGGUGCGCGUGCUCGUGUUGCCGACGUUUGCGUACAGCGCGAGCAAGGCGGCGCUGCACCACCUGUCGCGGCACCUCGCGACGGAGCUGGGGCCGCGGGGCAUCACGUCUAACACGGUGGCGUGCGGGCCGUUCCUGAGCAAGAUGAUGGCGGCGACGCUGCGCGACCGCGCCGGCGCCUUUGUCAACGGCGCCACGCUAGCCCUCGACGGCGGUGUGUCGCUCAUGUCAAAGAUGUAA